AUGGAACCGAUGUGGAACUCCUCCCACUCGCCUCCACAGCUCGUGUCCAACAUGUCUGCCUCCUCUCUGCCCGAGGGCUGGGCUCUGUCCCAGUCGCUAGCCCUGCUGGCCAUGCUGCUCAUGGAUCUGCUGGCGGUGGUGGGUAACGCGGCCGUCAUGUUGGUCAUUGCCAAGGCGCCACAGCUCCACAAGUUUGCCUUUGUCUUCCACCUGUGCGUGGUGGACCUGCUGGCAGCCCUGGUGCUGAUGCCCCUUGGCAUGCUCUCCAGCCGGGCAUUCUUCGGGGAGGCCCUGUGCAGGAGCUACCUCUUUCUCAGUGUGUGCCUGGUCAGCGCUGCCAUCCUCUCCAUCUCCGUCAUCAACGUGGAGCGUUAUUAUUACAUCAUGCACCCCAUGCGAUAUGAGGUAAAGAUGACUGUUGGUCUGGUGGCGUCAGUGCUGGUGGGGAUUUGGGUCAAAGCCCUGGCCAUGUCUGCGCUGCCGCUGCUUGCCUGGUUCUUGCAAGGCGGAAGAACGCCGCUGCUGGAGAGUAGUGGGGUUGGAGGAGGAGGAAGUGGGGCAGUCCCAUCGCCCCCUGCUCAGGGUCACAGGCGCUGCUCACUGCACUGGACAGGGGGGGGGUCAAACCGCUUGGCCUAUAUGGUCCUCUUCACUCUGGUGUAUUUCCUGUGUCCAAUUCUGGUCAUUCUUGUGGUGUACUGCAAUGUCUUUAAAGUGGCUCGGGUAGCUGCCAUGCAGCACGGGCCUCUGCCAACCUGGAUGGACACUCCUCGUCGCCAGCGGUCAGAGUCACUCAGCAGCCGUUCCACUAUGGUUACCAGCUCUGGGACGGGGACAGACAGAGCCACACCACAGCGGCCCUUUGGGGGAGGAAAGGCUGCAGCUGUGUUAGCGGCAGUCGGUGGGCAAUUCCUCUGUUGCUGGCUGCCCUACUUUACUUUCCACCUGUAUUCAGCACUGGCUGCCAGCCCUCCAGCUGCACUGGCCUCUCUGGAGGAAGUGGUCACCUGGAUCGGCUACUUCUGCUUCACCUCCAAUCCCUUCUUCUACGGCUGUCUCAACAGACAGAUCCGGGAGGAGCUGGGCAAACAUCUUCCCUGCCUGUUUCGUCGAGCAGGGGUCGACAUCGAGGACAGACUGCCCAGUCGCGAAGGAUCCAUCGAGGAGAAUUUCCUCCAGUUUCUUCAGGGCACCGGCUGCAACUUGGAUCCUCAAAACUCUCACAGCACCUCCAGCCCAAAGGGGGAGGCCUGCUGCCCUGUGACAGCGUCCCAGCCACCUGAGCCAGCACAGCCCAUACCCAUUGAUUUCCGUAUCCCUGGACAAAUUGCAGAGGAGACGUCAGAGAUUAUUGAGAAUGAACAGGGGAAAAACAACCAUAUGUAUACAGAAAACUAA